GCGUCGAGGGGCGGGCCUGAAGGACCCCUCCGCCCAUAAGAAGAGCAGCCAUGCGGCUUUGUGUAGAGAAUGAUUCAGGAGAGCCAGCAGAGUGGUUGGCUGAGAGACCCGAUGGCUGUAGAGAGCGCCCGCGAUUAUACCGUGGUUUUGUUCCGGUCUUUGGCAUCUCUGGGAUCCUCUGUAGCGUCAGUAACGAGACAGGCCCUGUUUGCUCCCCUUCCGCCUGUAGCCCGACCCUUCCAUGUCUGUACCCAUGACAGAAGCAAUCGCAGAGGAGUUGUAGCAAGCACUCUGCAGGAGCUUAUUAGCAAGACUUUAGAUGCCUUGAUGAUUACUGCUGGGCUGAUAACACUGGUUUUGGAGGAAGAUGGCACUGUGGUGGAUACAGAAGACUUCUUCCAGUCCCUGGAAGAAAACACUUGUCUUAUGGUACUAAAGAGAGGACAGAAAUGGAAGCCAGGGCCAAACUAUGGCAUCAUAACUGUGCAGCAGCCAAAGAAAAUGGGGGUAGCAAAUAUCACCUUGGAUUUGUACAAGCUGAAUCCCAAGGACUUUAUUGGAUGUCUAAAUAUCAAAGCUACCUUCUAUGAAAUCUAUUCCGUGUCCUAUGACAUAAAAUGCAUGCAAGCGAAGACUGUGCUGCGGAAGAUACUUAGAUUUUUGUCGCACGUUGCACAAAUAACUGGACAACUUCUCCUCUACACGGGAACAUGUGUGCUACAAUUAAUGGGGGACUAUGAAGAAGAUGAACUGCUUGCAGAUGAAAAGCACUAUGCAAAGUGAGCACAAGAGCCUCUCGGUACUGGUUAUCCAGUGGAAACACUUUAAGCAUUCUUCUUGAAAUUUUUAAAAAGUAUUUAUAGCUUAAUGUGUUAAAUGAGCUCUCCAUUGAUCAGAUGUAGCUAAGCUAUUUCCUCGUGUUCAAUUUUAUUAGUAAGAUAGUGAUGUGAUAAAUGUAAAUAUGAUCAGAGUCUUAAUGCAGUGAUAGGAAAGAUUAUCUAACAUCUGUUCUAAGUAGGGAACUCCUGAGCCAUAAACUUUCAAACCUAUUCAUGACAAGCAGGAACUUGUUGAUUUGUAUCUCAGCUGCGAUGGCUCAAUAGAGCAGCAUGUGAAGAACAGCUGUGUAGCAGAUUCUGAAUGGACUCGGACUUAACACUAAGUUCAACUACCACUUUAAAAGUUGCUUCUCUUCUGCUAAUCUGUAAAUAAUUUUCAAUAUUAAAAACUGGUGGUUGGUGGUGUGUUUGUA